AUGUUUUUUAGGUUGGAACUUGUUGGUACAGGUGUCGCAUGUGGAAAUUUAUCACAGGAAACGGAGACCAAUGCGCGCAAGCAAUGUAGCAUGCUGCCUGUAUUGUCUUCGAGUCGGUCAAAUCAAUUGUCCACAGUGGUAUAUCAAGUUGCGUCAAAACCUUCGUAA